AUGCCUCACCACGGAAAACACCACGGCGGUCACAGAGACUAUAGAUCUCGCGACAGCGAACGCCGCUCGAGAUACCAUCAUGGAGAAAGCGAUCGCAGCCAUGGAGGAAGUGACCGCAGCCACUCGCUUUCAGAGUACAGCAUCUGGGUUGCCAACCCCGUCUCCUAUUUAGCUCAAACCCCCGAGCAGGACCCCAGAAGUCCCCACAUACAGCUCAAGCUCACCGACGGCACAAACAGCCCUGAAGCUGAUAUCAACGUAAAGUCGACCAGCCAGGACAGCCGCCUCGUCUACUGGGUCAACAACAACUUCCAGCACCCCAUUACCUCUCAAAUUGAAUCUCUGCCUCUGGGUCAGACGGUCCUUAAGCCUACCAAUGGCCAACCCUCACAAUACGCCCUCGACUUCUUACGCACCACACCCGCCCUCCUGGACUUGAGUGCCGGCACCAUCCUGCCCGCUUCAGGCAACAACACCAUCGAAGACAAACUCGAACCCAUCCUGACUUCAGCCAUCAACCAGAACGCCAAAGUCUAUCUCUGGGGCCAGGGCUACAAUGACUCCAACGGCGAGUCUGGCAUCCACGAUAUCCACAUGAACCAGGGCAACACUGGAAACUUCUCCAAUGACGUGUACAGUGAUGGCAGUUUCAUGGUGCAGUUUGAAGAUCAUUGGGAGGCUGUGUUCCUGGCGUUUGCGGAUCAGGAAGUGCCUACUGAUAAUCAGACUGGUGAUCCGACUGCUGAUGCUGAGCCUUUUGAUGAGACUUUGUCGUCCUAG